AAAUAAAUAAAUAUAAAAUAUCUGUUAUCUAUUACUGUUAUCUAUUGGAAGUUUAAACGAAGAAAAAGCUGUACAGCGCCAUCUAUAUCGAUUUUGAGGAACGUACCUACCCUGCGAGGUCUGGCAUGUCCCCGGCUUUAAUGACGGACAAUUAGGUUGAAUGAGUAGGUAUACAAUGACACUUGUCCUUGUGUGCAUAGAAUGCAUAAUCAUACACCCGCUGCGAUGUAGGCUGUAUAUAUGUUGCGAUAUAGUUUAUUCUGUAAACAAGUCUUGACCUACAAGGACGCAUAAAUACGAGGUUUAAUAAGUGCAAAAGUAUUUACUUGUAUUUUAUUAUAAGUUGGUAAUAUUGGCGUAGUGAAGUUGUUAUUUAUCUAAGUACUGUUUUAAAGUAAGUAUUGACCUAGGACAGCCCAAAGAUGAGUUGCCAAGUGGCGAAGCAGUUCCCUCUAGAAGAAGAAUACAAGAAGAACACCGGCAUCUCUCCAGCAGACAUCGCCAAGUUGCGGGCCUGGCUCAAGACGCAGCCACACCUGCCAGAGGAGCACAUUACUGACCUGGACCUGAUCCUAGUGUACCACUGCUGCGGACGCAGCUCGGAAGUCUCCAAGCAGCUGAUAGACCUUCACUUCACUCUGAGGACGCUCUUCACCAGCUUCUUCAAGGACCGCUUCUACGAUGACAAAAUGAAGUUCGUACAUCAACAUGUCGCGUUGAUGGCCCCACUGCCAACCCACACCUCUGAGGGAUACACCGUGUUCUACGCCGGCUUUACGAGUAAGGACCCAAAGGUCUUCGUCUUGAAUGACUGUUACAGAGCAACGUUGAUGCGGCUGGACCUGUGGCAGUAUGAGGAGGGGUCGUGGCCGGGGUGGAUGCUGGUGCUUGACCUCGACGGCAUGACGCUCGGACACCUCGCCAAGAUCGACGUGCAUUCCGUGCAGCAGUUCUUGUAUUAUUUGCAGGAAGCAAUCCUGGUGAACCUCAAAGGUCUGCACUUCCUGAACGCUCCAUCAUUCAUGGACAGACUGAUGAUGCUCAUUCGACCUUUCAUGAAGAAGUCUCUUAUGGACAUGAUGGGCAUCCACCAGGUCGGGUCCACCACCUUUGAUAAGAUCUAUCCCAUUGAGCAGUUGCCAAGUGGAGUAUGUGGCGGGAAAGGCAUCAGUAAGGAGCAAUUGCUGAACGAGAACCUGGCAAAACUGGAGGCUGGUAAAGACUACUUCAUCCAGGAGAACAAGAAGCGAGUGACGGAGUCCUUAAGGCCGGGCAAGCCGAAGACCAUCACCGACAUCUUCGGAGGGAUCGAGGGGUCCUUCAAGAAACUGGAUAUUGAUUGAGAAAGAAGAGGGAAAUUUACAAUUGUGAUGUUGAUUUUUUUAAAUAGUUGUAAGGUCCGGUUUCCAUCAAUGUGGAGUUGUGCUGAGCUGUAGAAAAAUAUAGAAAUUCUACUAGUUACUAAGAUGCGUGGCAGUACCAAAAAGGAAAAAAAUAAUUUGAAAAGACAGCUCAGCAUAUCUCCUUAUUACAGGUGGAGUCUGGACGUACCAGUCAGUCUGAAAGACUACUGGACCAUUUUUUAGAAGUCAAUAAAUUUUCUAUGUUGUGUUGUCCUGUGUACAAUAAAUUAUUAUAUAAAU